UAUUAUGGUUAGUUUAGCAAGUGUUUAUUGAGUGGCCUUGAGUGUAUUCAGUCUUUUUUCCUUUGGUUAUUGUUACAAAAGUUCAAAAUAAAUGUGUGUUUCGUUGGUUAUUUGUGAUUUUCUUGGAAGUCUACCGAAAGUUUUGUGUACAUGAAACCAAAGUGAGCUAGUGCGCGUAAUAUGAUAAUCAUGGCUGAAACAUUGAAAAGUUUUGAAACUAGGAUUAACCCGAAGCCUCUUGAGAAGGAGACAAUCCAUUCGGGACAUUUCAUGGUUUCAAAAUUUGAAGCUGAAGAGCCAGAUGAUGACGAUGAUGUUGCUGUGCCUGUUCCGGAUGCUAUGCUAAAUAAGGCCAAUAUGAAUUUACAAGCGGUUACAAGUGUUACGGCUGUUCGCUCUAGUACAAGUAAAAUAGUCAAUAUUCCGGGUCAAACCAUAGCUAUAGAGACUUCUUUAGCCAAACUUUUCCAGUGCAUGUCUUUAGCUUACAGACAAAAAUUGACUUCACCCAAAUGGAACAGGUUCAAAGGAAUAAAAUUGAGAUGGAAAGACAAGAUACGAUUGAACAAUGUCAUUUGGAGAUGUUGGCAUAUGCAAUUCAUCACCAAGAAGAACUCCUUAGUGUGCCAGUUUGCCUCACCACUGGAUGUGGACACUCACAACAAGCCAGAGGUAAAGGCGGUAGUUCUGGAGGGAAAGUAUUGGAAGAGGAAGCUGAAUGCUGUGACUGCAGAGUACAAAAAAUGGAGGAUGUUCGCUCGAAAUCAGGUGAUGGGUUGGGGGCCCAAAGAUGCUCAAGAUGUGCUUUCGGAGAUGGACCUACUGGGCUGGCAGCCUCACAGCAACGACUGCAGCCACAUGAUGGUGGAUGAGGACUACAUGGAGUUCAUGUCGGACACUCUCUUCUCAUCAAUUGCGGCUCAACCGUUCGCCUUCCCUGACCCCAGAGAAAUUGCUCGGGGGGGAGCUGGCCUAUGGGCUGACCUAAUUCAACCCAGUCUGGUGCAGCUACAGCCAAACCUUGACGAUGAUGUUAUGGACACAUUUGAACCUCUGCAUGACUUGCUGUGCUCCAAACUGCCGCCAGUCCCUGAAGAGAUAAGCACGGGUACAGCGUCAGACAGCAGCAUACAGGACCUGUACAGGGCUCUGAAUGGCACCUACCAGGACAUGACCUCUGAGCCACCCCCUCCACCUCCACCCCUUCCCUCUCCCAAACCUCUGGCAGGCCGAAACUCCUCUCUGUAUCGACCUGUUGUUAAACAGGAGCCGCAGUACCCCUCAUACCAGUAUGCAUCGCAACCGGUUGCCAGUCCGCGAACGUCGACAUACAAACCCUACAUGCCUUUGACCUACAAUAUGCCAACACAACAACCACAACACCAGUCUGUCACACAUUAUCAACAGCUGUCACCCCCUCCACCUCCGCCGCCUCUACCCCCUCCACCAGCCCAAGCGCCGGCGGCAACUUGCAUCCAAUCAGCGCCGAGCCCGCCAGAAUUCAAAUUGCCAUCGACUCCGCCUCCGUCGGCAGCUGCAGCCUAUCCGUGCAGCCUGUCUUCCCUGCAACGCACCAAUAUGCGCUCGAAUAGUCUGCCCCUGUGCGACAAGCCUAUGCCGCAGAGACGGGCUACCGAGCAAGUGUUCGCUAUACCUAAGUUAAAACACCGCAAUCGGUCCCGCAGUGGCUCAAGUCUGAUGACACCGGGCAAGUCAUCGACGCCGACUCUCAUCUCAGCCGGAAGUGAUCCCGCCCUCAACACCACUCAGACGCCAAAUGCCUUACUGCAUCAACUCCUCACAACAAACAAUAACAACUGCAACACAGCGACCAACUACAGCUACAGAGGAGUGAGUGCGUCGAGUCCGUUGAUCGACAAGAGCCUGGCUGAUAGCAUGGGGGGCCCCGCAAUGGCAUCUGGCAGCCCUGUCGCCUCAUACAGCGGCUACACUCACACUCAGAGCUCGGCAGCUGUGCAUAUCAUCAACACCAACACAGACUCCAAUGAUGGCGUCGAACACAUUAUGCCUGACAAUACGCCCGUUAUGUACUCUAGUCAUAGUCCCAGUGACACAUUCACAUUCUCUGCCAAUGUGACAACAGGUGCGUUAUCCAGGAGGAUGGCCACGAAUCAGCAAAUGCCGACAAUUUUGUCACAGUCACCCUCUUCUACUAUUGUGGUCAACUCGCCGUCUCCACUAUCAAUCUCAGCGGAGCAUUCACCACAGAUGGUUGGCAGUGCAUCGAACAGUCCGAAACACCCGGAUUCGCCAGGAAAUGAUAGUCUCAGUCUGUCUCCUCUGAAUGUCGGCAGUCCGAACUCUCCAAAUUCCAAGAGCGGAAGACGGACAUAUAAGGAGCACCGAAGGGUCUGUCACAUCAACGCUGAGCAGAAGCGACGCUGCACCAUCAAGAAUGGAUUCGACACCCUCCAUGCCCUCAUUCCGCAGCUCAACCACAACCCAAAUGCCAAGCUGAGUAAAGCGGCAAUGCUUCAGAAAGGAGCUGAAUACAUUAGGCAGCUGAGGAACGAAAGAAAUCAGCUGAAAGAGGAAAUGGACAGUCUUCGUCAGCAGGUUGAGUGCCUCAAUUCAGCAAUUAGCAAUUGCCAGUCAAUGUUACCAGCUACUGGAGCUCCCGUCUCCAGACACAGAACAAGCCGAAUGAAGGAAAUGUACAACGAGUAUAUUCGCUCAAGAACUCAAGAGAAUUGGAGGUUUUGGCUGCUGAGCCUGAUUUGUGAGCCACUGCUGGUCUCGUUCAACAACACAGUCUCCACUGCCAGCCUUGACGAUCUCUACAGAACCACGUUGAUUUGGGUCGAGCAGCAUUGCUCGCUCGUUGAUCUACGGCCUGUUGUAUUGAAUGCAUUGAGGCAUCUGUGUACAUCGACUGAAUUCUUGUCGGAUCCUACCAAGCUGCCUUCAGAAGCUCAAGCUGCUGCCAUCAAAUCACACAGCUCAAACUCCUCCUAGUUGUAAUUUUAAAUGACAUACACUUACUGGUCUCAUUUGAAAAUAGGUUAUUAUGGUUUUUAUGAAAACCGCCAUUUUUCUUCAUGAAGUUAAACUUCUUCUUAUAACUGUCAUUAUUAACAGUUAUGUGCCUUCGAAUAGAAGCCUGAAGGCUAAAAUCCUGAAAUCCUUGAAAAAUCUUCAACUCUGUAUAACUGAAUUUUUUAAAACUGGAUAAAUGUCAGUUUUGUAGUAGCCCUACAUUGAUCAUACUGAAUUGAGAAAGUUGUCAAUGUUUCAGAAAUUCAAGUAUUAUCAACUUUAAUCCUCAUUCGAACUGAAGAGUUCUCAUAAACUUCAUUGAAAACUUAUCACUUCUAUCCCUAUGGUCAGGUCCACGUUAAAAUGGCAGUGGAGAAGGAUACCUGGAGGAUAGCUGAUACCUGUAUAUCUGAAGUAAUAUUAACUAUUCAUUCUUGUUUAAAAUUAUCAUUUAUAUUUUUUCAAGAAAAUUUAUUUUUGAAUGAUUGAAUAAUAAAUUCCCAUAAAGAUUGAAUAUUUUGGUGAUUAAUUAUAUUUUCACAAAGCACAAUCUGAAAACCUUGCGGAGCUAGAAGAGGAUAGCGCUAUCUGCUUGGUCGAAUGAUAGACAAGGAUAGCAACAGUAAUGUUAAUCAAAUACUCCCAUUAUAACGUGGACCUCACUAUAGUCAAUUUUAUUGAAAUUGAACCAUUUGAAUUAAACAUCUUUAAUACCAUUUUAUAAUAAUACAAUUUUUUUUAAAUGAACUUCCUAUCCAUUGCCAUGUAUUGAAGAAUUCUCAAUUUCCAAUCAAAUUGAUUUGAUUAUAAUAAUUUAUUGCCAGAAGCUUUAAUUGUAUCCAUACGCUAAGUGAAUCUUUCAUCUAUUAUUAAUACUUGAAAAUUCAAGUUGAAAUUUUACCAUAUCAAGCCAUAGUAACAAUAAUAUAAUAUAAUAGUAAGGAAAUGUUGAGAUAUCAAUUUUUAAAUUUUCUUAUAAAUUUUGAAAAUGCGUUUAGAUAAGUUGGAAUUCUACGAAUAAGAACUUAAUAUUUUAAUACAUAUUAUUAAACUACUGUUCUAUUAUUGUUGUAAGAAUAUUGUGAUAGAUUGAAGUUACUGGCCAAAAGUCAACUACUGUCUUGCACAAACAGUUUCUGCUCCGAAUUUGAAGAUUUUUCAUAUCAAUUAGAUUAGAGAAUAUAAAAAAUAAAAUUCAGAGUCUUUUUUACGAAGGUAGAAAGAUCAUUGGAAAACAUGUUUUCAAAUGGAAUUUGGAAACCAUGACUUUACAUUUUUAUGAUAGUUGAAAAUUUAGAACACCUUUAUUCAUUUUCGCUGUGUUCUAUUUUUAUAAAUGUUUAUUAAUCUUUCAAGUAUAUUCAUAUUGUAUGUUAUGUUCACAAUGAUUAGUAAACCUACUUAAGUAUAUUAUCAGAUAGUUGAUUUGCAUGAAUACAUUAGAUAUUUUAUACUAGUGUACUCUAAGGAUGGAAUUAAUAUUCAAUAAUAUUUUAUGGAUUUUACAAAUAUGAGCCAUUUUUAUUGUGAAAUGAAUUGUCUGUAACUGUAAAUUUUGUUAAGUUUUAAAUAUAUAUAUAUAUAUGUAAAACAAUUCUUUUACUGUCAACAUGUGCAAUAUUUUUUAUAGUAUUACUCAUUCCAUCAAUAAUUAUUAUGCUUGACAAUUAUACAAUGUUCUAAAUCAGCUUAAGUAAAUGUUUCAGUAAUGGUUAAUUAUAAACAAUUGACUACUAUGGGAUAAACAAUGCCUUUCAUAACUGAGUAUUCAGAAUCUUAAAUAGCUUUCUGAACAUGUUAGAAAGUUAUAUGAAAGUAACCGGAUAGGGUUCUGUAAGAGACUUGCAGAACGUUUGCAGAACAAAUUAGAGAAGUUGUUAAGAACAAAUUAAGAAAUUUAACAGAGAACUUGCAGAACAAAUCAUUUCAUAAAUUUAUUAUCGUACACAUUACGAUGAGUUUAUUACUUUCAAAUCCGAGGGGGGAUACUAUCUAUGGCCGUGGUGUUGCCAUGUUAGAGAGGAGAGCGUUCUGUGGUCUGUUGUGUUCCAUUAUAAGGAACGCCUCUCACCGUCGACAUGAUACUCAUACGUAUAGGCCGUGAGUUAUAACAAGAACCUCAACCCCUUAAACGAUGGCUGGCAUGGUAGCGAUGUAAGGGUGGAAUGUCUCUCUCACUGCAUUCAUAAGGCAAUGAUUCAUAAGGUUCUGAAAAUUCACCAGAAGGAUUAUGAUUGGUAGUAAAAAAUUACAAAAAGUUGAAUAGAAAAAUUAUUUUAUACCAAUAUACAAUCGCAACAUUUACAGCUAUCUUGUAAGUGAACAUGUGCAACAUUAAUUAGGCGCGGAGCACCAGUAAAAGUAUAAACAAAAUUCGAAAUGAAUAAGUUACUCAAGAUUUUCUAGAAUUACAAAGAUAUUGAAAUUACUGAACAUUAAAAGGUUUUGAUACAAAAUGUCAAUUUUUUGAUACAUAGCUAUCAGUUUUCAAGCAGUUUUAAAAAAAUAAUUAUAAUAGAAUUUUCACCGGUUAAUACGUAAGUAUAUAUGCAAAUUAAUUCUCAAGUACUAUACAUGAAGAGUUCCAUCUGAAAGAUUGGCAUAUAUUGAGUUCUCUGGUUUAUAAAUAAUGAACAAAAUAUUCAUAUAAAAGUAUCAAUGCUAAAUAAUAAUAUCUCACUGAAUCGUUUACAUACACGUUUU